AUGUAUGGCACCUAUGCCAUAGGUCAAUUAUAUACAUCAGAGGCAAAUAACACGUAUUAUAUAGAAUUUGAGAAUGAGUUUACUUGGUUUGAAGCUCAACAUGUCUGCUCCGAAAUGAAUAUGACUUUAGUUGAGAUUAAUUCAAAUACAAAAUUUCUGGAACUGAUUACGUUAAUACAUAAGGCUGAAAAACAAAAUAAUAUUAAUGGAACUUAUCUGUGGACUGGUGGCAUACGGAAUGAACUUCCGGUUGAUAACUUCGUUUGGUAUUCAACGGGUGAACAAUUUAAUUACACUAAUUGGUAUAAUAGUUAUCCUAAUUCCAGAGACGAUCCAAAAGCUUGUCUCGAAAUUGUAGCAGUAUUUGAUUGGCAAUGGCGUAACUAUGAAUGUUCAUCAAGGAGUGGUUUCGGAUGCGAAGAAAAAACCACUCGACAGAUUUUACAAAAUUUAAAACAGAAGUUGCAAACAGAAAUAGAGAAGAAUCUUAACUUACAGAAAGAGCUACAACAGCAACAAGACGAACAUCAAGAGCAGUUACGAAAACUUAAUGAACAAAAUUUGGAGGCGCAACACCAAUUUCAGUUGCAGUCGCAUGUUAUAAAACAACAAAAAUUAAAACUUGAAGAAGAUUUGCAAGCAGAAAUAAUAAAACAAAAUAAUCUGAAACAGCAAUUGGAAAGUCAACAAAAGCUGCAAGAUCAGUUGCAAGAGCAAAUAAUACAACUUAAAGAAGAACAAAAAGAUGUCAUAAAACUUAGAGAAUACAUGAAAAUAAAUAAGGACACUACUGAUUUGAAACAAGGUGAACUACAGAUAACUAAUCGUUUGAUCAGCAGUAUCAACGCCUCCUAA